CUACAGUUAAUGAAAUAAUAAUAAAAUUAACAUUAAGUUCAAAAUCAAACUUAAAUCCUUCGAGGAUAUUCACCUGCUACCUUGAAUUAGAAUAAUAGUAAGAUUAUUUAAUUGAUUCUUUAGAUUUACCAAUUUCAAAUUAGUUUAAUGAGGAAAUUCAGCAUAGAAUAAAACUCAAGUAUUAAGAGUUGGGAUUGAAGUAACCUUUGUAUCCAUUAUAACCAUAAAUCUUAUCAUCUGAGAAUGGUAUAUACAAUUUCAGAAAGGUAUUUGAUCCAGUAAGAGAUGGUCGACUUGAAUUCUAAAUGGAUCCAAGUAAGAACUUUAAUUUUUAUUGUUUUUUAGAGUAUAUGGAUUAACUCAAAGAUUAUAAGAAUAAGUAUUUGGCUCCAAGCAGAAAUUAUGAUUUGUAGUACAGGAAUCCUGCUACCAAAAUUAAAAACCAUGAUUUUUACUUUCAGGAUUUCUAUAUGAAUCUAUAUGAAUAGGAUAAAGAAGAGUAGUUUUUUAAUAAAUACGGGAAGAAGUUUGUAUACUAAGAAUGA